GGUAUAAGGGUUAUAAUGAUUGUGGUAGAUGGUCAGUUGAUAAAUAAUAGGAGUUGUGCGUCUGUCGAGCGGCACUGGCGCAUGGCAGCCGGCUCUGUGGCGGCAGUGAAUCGAGGAGUGUCCAGCAAGUCAGACGUAGCCAUGGUGCCUCUCAGUGUACUCGCGUGCUUUGCACUACUCGCCCUCGCCGGCGCCACUGAAGUCCUGCAAUGCGCGGGCGAGAACUACGAGAACCUGUCAGACAACGUGCAGCUGUCGCCGUGCAAGAAGCCGCCGUGCAAGCUGAAGAAGGGCACCGACCAGCACGUCGUCAUCACCUUCACACCUGACCAUGACAUCGAGGAAGUAAAGAACCACGUGAGUGCCGACGUGUUUGGAGUGAACCUUCCUUUCGUCGGAGUAGACGGCAACUCGGUCUGCGACAAACUGGAGACUGAAAAUGGAGAGAAAGCCACCUGUCCCUUGAAGGCCGGCACUAAAUACAUAUACAAAGACUCGUUUCCUGUUCUCAGCUUCUACCCCACAAUAGACGUGAAGGUACACUGGGCUAUCACAGACACGCAGAAAAACAAAGAUGUCACCUGCUUCGAAGUAAAAGCUAAAAUCCGGUCGUAGCGCCCCAGUAGGUAGAGCAUAUUAGGUUAACUGUAGGUAUUUUUGGUACAAUGACACAAUGAUUAAAAUUACUUUUUUAUAAAAUGAAAAUAAACGUUUUUUUCUUACAAA